AUGCCCCUUACAAUCGACUUUAGCAACAAACUCGUCCUCAUCACAGGCGGCGGACGCGGUAUCGGCCUCGCCAUCUCCACCGCCCUUGCCCAAGCCGGCGCGGACCUCGCCAUCACAUACACAUCCACCGACGCUUCUCCCGUCGCCGACAAGCUGAGCAACGAGUAUGGUGUCACAGUCAAGGCUUUCAAAUGUGAGGUGACAGAGAGCGAGGAGGUGGAUCGGGUUGUGGGGGAGGUGGGGAAGGUGUUUGGGAAGGAGGUGGACAUUGGAGUGGCUAAUGCCGGCGUGUCUUUAUGGAAAGACGCUCAUGAGAACACUGACGGCAACAUAUUCGCCGUCAACACCUACCACCCUUACUACCUCUCCCGCGCCCUCGUCCGCUCAUGGCUCCACCUCCCCAUCCCCGUAUCCUCCUCCUCCUCCUCCUCUUUUUCUUCUCCCAGCAAAGAGGACCUCGACAUCCCCAGCAUCAAAGGCCUCAACCUUAAAAAACAGAUUUUGUUCGUAUCCAGCAUCUCCGCUUUGGUCGCUAUGAACCCGCAGAGACAGACGGCGUAUAACGCUAGUAAGGGGGCGGUGACCAUGAUGGCCAAGUCUUUGGCGGGCGAAUGGUCGCAUCUAGGGCUACGUAUCAACAGACAUGAUCGCCUCUCCCCCGACGCCACCGCCGCCUCCUGGGUCUCCGAAUGGGAGAAACGUACCCCCGUCGGCCGCUUCGCCUCCCCCGCCGAGAUCGGUGAAUUCAUCGCGGUUUUAUUGUCAGAGAAGAUGGGUGGGGGCGGGUUUAUGGUGGGGAGUGAUGUCGUUGUGGACGGAGGGUAUACUGUCUUUUGA